CGGCGGCCACCGAGUCCCGCGCCCGGGAGCUGCUCCUCGAACUUCCUCUCGGCGCGCGGCCGGGCACCCCGGCGGUGGUAGGACUCCUCUGGGCGCCAGGCAGCCGCGGCUCCGACCCUCCGGAGCCCUUCCCCGCGGCUGCCCGGUCUCUUUUGCCUCGCCGCCCUACCGCCCGCCCGCGCGUCCGUCGGUCGGUCCUUCCUGCCCGCCUCGCCUCCGCCCCGCCGCAGGAGCCACCAGGCUGCCCCGCGGCGCCCCGCCGCUGCCCGGACAUUCCUUUGUGUUGGAUGCGCACUCGCGCCCCGCGCCGACGAAGGGCGGACUGAGGGCUGCGCUCGCCCCGGGCGGCCCGCCGCGCCCCCGCUCCGCCGCCCCCCGCCAUGCCCUUCCACCAGAGGACCGUGGAGCCCGCGCGGCUGCGCCGGCCCGAAGCGGCCGGGGCCGCGGGCGCGCCGCUCUUCCGCUCACUGGAGCAGGUCAGCUCGCACGCCUUGGUCUGCCUGCUGGCGCAGCUCGCCGACCUGUCGCGCUGCGCGGGAGACAUCUUCGGCGAGCUCGAGGGCCAGGCGGCGGCGCUGGGCCGCCGCACCGCCGCGCUGCACCGCCGCCUCGACGCCCUGCACGCCGCCGCCGCGCGCCUCGACCACCGCCGAGUGAAAAUCCCGGUUUCCAACCUCGAUGAGGAGAGUCGAUGGACAGUCCACUACACUGCUCCAUGGCACCAGCAGGAAAAUGUGUUCCUUCCCACCACAAGACCACCCUGUGUAGAGGACCUGCACCGCCAAGCCAAGCUCAACCUCAAAUCAGUAUUGAGGGAAUGUGACAAACUGAGGCGGGAUGGCUACCGAAGUUCUCAGUACUACUCCCAGGGACCCACCUUUGCAGCCAAUGCCAGCCAACUCUGUGAUGAUUAUCAGGAUGAAGAUGAAGAAACAGAUCAAAAGUGUUCUAUUUCUUCAUCAGAAGAAGAAAGACUUAUUUCCAUCAGGAGACCUAAAAUGCCAACCUCAAGUGACUUCUCUGACCUUAAUACUCAAACAAAUUGGACUAAGUCACUUCCCUUGCCAACACCAGAAGAGAAGAUGCGACAGCAAGCCCAGACGGUCCAGGCUGAUGUGGUUCCCAUUAACAUAACUGGGGAGAAUUUCGAUCGCCAGGCCAGCCUUCGGCGGUCUCUAAUUUACACAGACACUCUGGUAAGACGACCGAAGAAAGUCAAAAGGAGAAAGACUAUUACAGGAAUCCCUGACAACAUACAGAAGGAGCUAGCAUCAGGCACGGGCCAAGAUGAUGUUGGGGGUCACUCAGUAUACACCCCAGACCACUACUCUACACUAGGAAGGCUUGAUAGCUCUCAGUCUGCGGGACAGCGCUCAGAAACCAGGGACUCCAGCUGUCAGACUGAGGAAGUGAAAGUUGUACCACCGUCUAUGAGAAGAAUCAGGGCACAGAAGGGGCAAGGCAUUGCUGCCCAGAUGAGCCACCUCUCAGGCUCCUCUGGGAACAUGUCUGUGUUGAGCGAUUCUGCGGGCAUUGUAUUCCCUUCCCGCCUCAACAGUGAUGCUGGUUUCCACAGUCUCCCACGUUCUGGGGCGAGGGCGAGUGUUCAGUCCCUGGAGCCACGGCUGGGUGCCCUGGGCCCCACAGAAGACCUGGAUGGCCCUUACGCCUACCACAGCGGUCACCCACAAGAUGAUGAAAACUUAGGACAUUUAGGAGGAGCCUCAAUGACUGGAAUGCUUUUGAGGCCCAAGUCCCAGGCGCUGAGGCCUUUUGAGAAUGUAAUCAGCCCAGCAUGUGUGGUCUCUCCUCACGCCACCUACUCCACCAGCAUCAUCCCAAAUGCCACACUCUCUUCCUCCUCGGAGAUUAUUAUUAUUCACACUGCUCAGAGUUCAGGACAGCUGGGCAGCAAAAUUACCAGCUCCUCUUCGUACACAAAGUUAAAAUCCAGAGACCACCUCCUCUCCAGGCAUGCUAAUAAGGAGGACCAUCAGCCUCCCAGUGGGAAAUGGACAGAGGGUCACCCCAGCAUUCUUUCACAGGUCUUAGAUCCUCAUUCCCCCGGUGCAACCACACUGUUGUCGCUCUGUGACUCAGCGGUCUCUCUAAAUACGCCAGAACAUCAGGAGAAUGGAUCCCAAGCCAUGAGCUAUAACUGUAAAAACCACCUGAGCUCUCCAGCCCAUGCCCAGGACGUGGAUGGCAAGAGUGAGUCCAGUUACUCAGGAGGUAGGGGGCCUGGCAGUUCUGAGCCCUGGGAAUACAGUGCCUCUGGUAACGGGCAGGCAUCCCCACUGAAGGCACAUGGGGCGACUCCUGGCUACUCCACUCCCGGGAGUAACGUGAGCAGCUGCAGUUUGGACCAGACAUCCACCAAAGAUGAUGCCAGGUCCCUGUAUUCAGAAGAGCACGAUGGCUACUACACGUCUAUGCAGCCUGACCCAGGACGCAGAUCUGGAAACCAGAACAGUAGUGAUGGCUUUGGGAACCCCAGGCACAGUGUGGUCAACGUGUUUGAUGGGAGAGCUCAGAAAAACCAAGGGGACCGGUCACAUUUCCAUGACAAGUCUCUCUCGCGGAAUAUCUCUCUGAAAAAAGCGAAGAAGCCGCCUCUGCCACCCUCGAGGACGGACUCCCUGCGCAGGAUUCCCAAGAAGGGCGUCCAGUCAAACGGGCAGGCGCUAAACGAGAGCCUGAUCGCCUCCCUCCAGCACUCGCUGCAGCUGAACCUCCCGGGCAAGGGCGGCAGCUCACCCUCGCAGAGCCCCUGCAGUGACUUCGAAGAGCCUUGGCUGCCUCGCUCCCGCAGCCAGAGCACGGUGAGCGGGAGCAGCAGCAUGACCUCGGCCACCACCCCCAACGUCUACUCCCUGUGCGGGGCCACGCCGUCGCAGAGCGACACGAGCAGCGUCAAGUCCGAGUACACGGACCCUUGGGGUUACUACAUUGACUACACCGGCAUGCAGGAAGACCCCGGGCACGCCGGCGGGGGCUGCUCGGCCGGCAGCAGGGCGCCGGCAGGGAACGGGCCAGUCCACCAUGUUCACGACGGAGCCAGGACCGUGAUGCCCCAAGUGCCUGGUGGCUCCGUCAAACCAAAGAUCACAUCGCCGGAGAAAUCCCACCGGGUCACUUCUCCAUCCAGUGGGUAUUCCAGCCAGUCCAACACGCCCACAGCACUCACCCCAGUGCCUGUGUUUUUAAAGUCAGCGUCACCAGCAAACGGGAAGGGGAAGACCAAGCCCAAGGUGCCAGAAAGGAAGUCCUCUCUGAUAUCUUCAAUCUCCAUCUCCUCCUCGUCCACGUCUCUGUCUUCCAACACUUCCACGGAAGGGGGCGGGACCAUGAAGAAGCUGGAUUCGGUGCUGGCGUCUCCCCCUGCCCCUCUUCCUUCUCUUCCCUCACCAUGUCCUGCGGACAAGUCUCCUUUCCUUCCUCCUCCCCCGCCUUUAGCGGAUUCCCCCAACGGCUCUCUGCCUCAGUCUCCCCUCUUCCCCCCUCCACCGCCAGAAGUUCUCACUCCCUUCUCUCCCCCCACCAGCGCGUGCUUUCCUCCUCCCCCCAGGGCCCUUAGCCCCCUUACUCUGGGUGCCCCUGCUUCCCUGCCGCCUGCCCCCGCUUCCGGACCCUCCUCGGCUCCCCCGCCUGCCCCACCCCUUGACCCCAAAUGGAUGAAAGAUGCCAGGCCUUCUUUGAAAAAAUCUGGCCAGCCAGAAUGCUCCCAGGAGGCCUUCCGGCAGCCUCCUAACAAGGAGGAGGGCAGCAGACCCCCCAUGCCCCUGAUAACCACUGAAGCGUUGCAGAUGGUACAGUUGAGGCCCGUGAAAAAGAACUCAGGAACCGAGCAAGCACUGUUAUGUGAACAAGUAUCUCAGGAAAAACGAACUCCGGUUGUUCCCCAGUAUCAUUUAAAGCCAUCUGCUUUCAUGAAAUCCCGAAAUAGCAUAAAUGAAAUGGAGAGUGAAAGCCAGCCUGCCUCUGUGACAAGCUCGCCGCCGACUCCUGCCAAGAGCUUGAGUCAGGGUCACCAGGACAGUGCAGCCGAGCGUGGCCUCCCGAGCCGCAGCCCCGGCAGUGCUGAGGAGUCUGAGGCUGCGCCGGACCCCAGGGCCGCCCCGCUGCAGGAGCCCCCCGGCCCUUCACCCAGCAGGAAGCCGCCCCCCAUUUCCAAGAAGCCCAAACUGUUCCUCGUGGUGCCGCCUCCGCAGAGAGAUUUCAUAGCGGAGCCCGCGGAGAACGUGAGCGGAGCAUCACCCAGCCCCACGAGGGGAGAGGCAACAGAGAGUUGUAGAGCCAGGGCUGGUGCUGAGGAGACGGGCUCUGGCAGCUUGGUUCUCGAGGGAGGAGCCGCAGGAUCCGUGUCUCCGGAUAGAGUGAAAGCCAAUGUCCCCAUGGUGCAGCCCGAUGUCUCGCCAGCCCCCACGCGGGAGGAGCCAGGUGCCGAGAACAGUGCAGACGGUGGAGGCAGCGUGGAGAGCUGCCUGUCGCUCCAGGACGGAGGGCCAGGGGUGCCAGAACCUGACACAGCUGGUUCUUCCUCCGAAGCCGGUGACUUCCUUAGGGAAGAAGGGAGUGAUGAGGUGAUGACCCCCAGUAGACCCCGGACCACAGAAGACCUUUUUGCAGCCAUUCACAGAUCCAAGAGGAAAGUCCUCGGCCGCAAAGAUUCAGAUGAGGAUCACUCCCGGAACCAUUCUCCUUCCCCUCCAGUGACACCCACCGGUGCUGCCCCCAGCCUGGCGUCCCCAAAACAAGUGGGGUCAAUUCAGAGAAGCGUCCGUAAAAGCAGCACCAGCAGUGACAACUUCAAAGCUCUGCUGCUAAAAAAGGGGAGUCGCUCAGACACCAGUGCCCGCAUGUCUGCAGCCGAGAUGCUAAAGAACACAGACCCUAGAUUCCAGAGGUCAAGGUCAGAGCCUUCGCCAGACACCCCCGAGAGCCCAUCCAGCUGCUCCCCAAGCAAGAACAGAAGGGCCCAGGAGGAGUGGGCCAAGAACGAAGGCUUGAUGCCUCGGAGUCUGUCCUUUUCCGGCCCCCGGUACGGCCGCAGUCGGACCCCACCUUCUGCCGCCAGCAGCAGGUUCAGCGUGCGGAACCGGAUCCAGAGCAGCCCCAUGACCGUUAUCUCGGAAGGCGAAGGGGAGGCCCUGGAGCCGGUAGACAACAGGGCGCGUUGGGCCCUGGGCACGGCCAGGGGGUGUUCCCUAGAUGGACUGGUAGGGGGUGAAACGGACCGGGGCAGCCUGCUCUGUGGUGGGGAGCCCGCCGCCUCCCUGCAGACACAGGGUCCCAGCCCCACAGAUGGGCCGGUCCGUGCCGAGGGCGCAGAUCCAGCAGAACAGAGUGGAGGUCCUCUUCGGGAAGAGAGCUAGGGACGAGAGCCUGACUCUCCUAGGUAAUGCGAGGGAGGCAUGCAACAUGUGGCUCUAGGAAAGCCCGGCACACAGGUACCCUUCCCUGCCUGGCCUGCGGAUCCCACUCAGCGUUCGCUCCGUUUCUGCCCUGGGCCCCAGCACGGAAGAAGAGCAUCACACAGGACUCACUUGGCACUUGCCCUGUGGCUUAAAAGCAAGUAGAAGCUUAACUUCUUAAAGUGCUUCCUGGGGAAGACUUUUUUUUUUUUUUUUUUUUUUGCAAAAUGCUGGGUGUUUGUAUGGAGGGGGUUGUGUGUGUGCAUAUUGAACACUUUACAUGUUUAAAAAAAUACACACAUAUAGCGUGUACAGAGUGGGAGAAGGAAACACAGUUAAGCUGGGUAGAGGAAUGGAGGCUUCUGGACUAGGUGGUAAGAAUCGGUUUAAAAGUAUCACGUUGUCAGAAAUUAGUGAGUUCCUGAAGAAGGGAGUGAGAGAAGCUUUCUUCUAAGAAAGAGGGGGCCUGUGCAUGGGUGCCCCUGCAGAGGACACAUGGCAGUGCAGGCCCCAGUGUGCUUUCCAUGUGAGCCAUGUAUGUCAUGAUGAACCCAAAACGAUGGGAAAGGGCUAACGGACUAAUGGGUUCAGGUACUUUUUUCUUGGGGGGGCGGGGUGGGGGACUUUGUUUCCUUUUCGUGAAAUUGGCAAACACGUGGAGGGGACAUGCUAUAACUCGGAGCCAGCUGCUGGUGCAGACAUAGACUCCCAGCUCUCAGCCUGACUUUGAGACACAUGGGUCCUUCUGUACUGAAUUCCCUCCUUGAGGAGCAGUAGAGGCCUCCUUGAGACUAGCAGUGAGAUGGGCAUAUGCGGGAAGGGUGAGCGAGGAGGGGGCACGUGAGACACUGCUAGAAGCGGUUUCCUGCUUAGUCAAUAAAACUAUUUUUCAGAAUUAAAUUUGAAAACUUGCACUACAGAACUGUGGGUGGAGAUUUUCCUUUUACAACUGUUUGUACCAGAGUUUAAACUUCCAUUUGGCAAUUUCUUACCAUUUGAAAUGUCAGCAUUUGCUAACUUUUGGAUAUCCUUUUGGUUACACCAAAGAAAAAGGUAUGGCUAUUUUUCCUUGAACUGCCUACAGUAUCAUGUCCUCAUUUGGAAAGGUUUAUGAGAAUCGAUUAUAUAUUACCUUACUUUGAAGAAAAUGCUGAAUAGCUCUUGUUAGUCAAAUAAACUAAUACAAAUUGGCAGGGCUUGACUAUUAAUUAGCCCUGGGAAAUGAGUUUUUAGAUUAAAAAGAUUUUUUGCAUCAUUUGGUUUGUGAGUUUUUAUAUAUUUUAUAAGGAAUUGAGUUGGCUAAUUACCUUCUAAUCUUCUCCAGUUAGAAUUUUAAUACUUUUAGGCAUGGGAGAAAAGUGUGUAAAGUAUUUAUUUUUAUGUCCUAUUCUUGUGACCUCCUUUCCCUGUUCUCUCCCAACUGACGUGGACUUGGACUCCUGUAUUUGUUGGCUAAAUAAAAUAAGUCUUGUCUUCUUCAUUCGAAGGACCUAAGAGGACAGUACUGAGAUUCUUGACCUACGUACAAUGCAGCUGCCAGUGGUCAUUUUUUUUGGUAUAAAAAUAUCAUCGAUAAGUUGGACUAUAUAGGCCAGAUUAUCAAAGGGUUUGUUAUACAUUACAGCUUUAGGUACCCAUUUUAGACAUGUCUUUGAGACAAAAACAAACCUAUAGGAUUAAGACUUCUCCCAUUCUCUGAAGAAAACAAAACACUUCUUUUCACACAACCAGAAAUCAAGACCUGACAUUUGGCUGAAGGCUAAAGGACUUUUUACCAUUUGGAGCAAUUGUCUACUACAUUGGGCACAAGGAUCUUUUCUUCUAAAUUUUAGAAAAGUGGUGUUGGCUUCUGAAUAUGAAGUCUUCUCAUAGCUCCCUAAACAAGAUUAGAAUGUACGUGGAUAUGAGAAAACCUUAACUUAAUAUAUAAAUCAUUUAUGUCGAAGGUAUAAAGUAAACAACAUCAAAACUAAUUAUAAAACUAUUUAAAAAAUCCCCGUUUUUUAAAGAAAAAAAUAUUAGGUUUUAAAAUUUGCUUUGAAUAAAACAAUUAUAAAGUAAAUAUUUGAAUGUUAUUUCUUUUUGUUUGUACACUCACUUUUGAAUAAUAAGGUAGGCCUCCUUUCAUGGAACUGUUGAGUGCUUUGCUGGAUACAAACAGAACAGCAGCGAAGACCAGAAGGAGCCUGUGGGAGGUGGGGUCCCAACAGAGAGGAGAUAGAAUGUCACAGACGCUGUGGAUGGUUCCAUCUAAAAGGACAUAUGGAAAAACAACUCUGAACAAUGUCCUAUCGACUCUUGAAUAAAAAAGGAAAAAUGUCUUGACCGAUAGAUAGUUCAGGUGAUGUGGCAUGUGGAGGGAUGCGAGAACUUCUCACAGGCGUGCAUGAAAUAUAGGAAGACGAGAAUCUAGAUUUCACCCCUGAAACAUAUGGCGUCUUUGGCUUUGCUGCUUUAUUCCUCCGUGAGGACUCGCUGCUGGUAACAGACCAUAUCAUCUUUAAAAAUUCAGUCCACAUAGACGUGUGACCUUUCCUCAUACCCUGAGACUGUUAAGUGCCAGAGAAUCGUAGACAGAAGCCCUGGGGCUAAAUUAUUUCCACCUUAUUUUUCCUGAGAGUUGGGGAGAGAGACAAAUGACCAUGGGGCCUGUCAGUGGGAAGCCACCUCACCUUUGGUCUGAUUUCUGCCCUCCUGUUUCUGAAGAAUGUCGAUUGUGAGACCAUUGCUUCUCCUGUGGGGAUGUGCGUUUAUUCGUUUAGGGAGUCAUAGUAACAAGGGGAAAAAAGGAGCCAUUUCCACAUCUCUGUCUUCUGCCUGCCCUGCAGCACCAUGCCCGGCUCUGUGAUGGGCAUCCUGGUGGGACAGGUGAAGCAUGGGAUUGGCUUUAUUCGUUCUGCCUUAAUGUGUUUUCAGCACAUUAACUGAAGGUGAAUAACCAUUUACGUUCCUGAGAGUCCAUCAUGAAAUGAGUACAACAGGAUAACUGGGGUGGAUAUUAGGAUAUUUUCGGGGGACAGGGUUGGAAGGAGGGUCUUUCAAACGAAACAUGGACCUGACUCUUCAGGUCCGUUUGAUUCUUGAGGCCUGUUUUUCUGUAAUAAGCUAUUCAGUUACUGUAAUAUAGUUUCUUUCGAUGAGCUUCUCUAAACCACCUUCUACACAGGCCAGCCUUUACUCAUAAAAGAGGACUGGAGCGCAAUCUGUAGUCAUUUGUUCAGCAGUGAAAAAAAGCCCUUUAUUAAAUACUUCUAAUGUGCUAGGUAAAGAGCAGGGAUCCUAGGAUUAAAAAAAUGUGGUUGAGAGUCACCUGGG